AUGUCGUCGUCGACAGAGGCGGCGCAAGGUCCGCUACUGUCCGACCAGACGUCUUGGGAGGCAACGCGACCGCUUGUCCACAGCGCCAUCGUGUGCAUCGCCAUCGACACUGUCAUCGUCCUGGCCAAGACGUACUCGAGAGUGCAGAUCGCAAAGCUGAAGUUCUGGUGGGACGACUUUUGGAUCAUCGCGGCCUAUAUCCUCCUCAUGCCGAUCUGCGCCAUCGGCCUGGCCAUGGUGAGCGUGGAGGUGGCCUGGAGCGACGAGGACCGCAUCAUCUACGACCUGGACGAGAACGAGAUCCUGCUCAAGUACAUCUACGCCUUGAUGCAGGUGCUGUUCGCCUCAUAUGCAGCCACCAGAUACUCCAUCCUGGCCCUCUACCUGCGCAUCUUCUCCGACCGGCGGCUGAGAAUCGCCCUAUGGGUCGUCAUCACCAUCGUCUCGCUGCAGUGGCUGGUCUUUGGUACCAUAUCGCUUUUUCAGUGCCUCCCGGUCCAGUCGUACUGGGAUAAACAUCUAACCGGCAACUGUGUUGACUAUGACAAAUUCUACCGUUCUGUCACCCCUUUCAACAUGGUCAUCGAUACCGCUCUGGUCGUGCUGCCUCUGCCGACAGUGUGGAAACUCAAGGCGACAAACACGCGCAAAUGGGCACUGUCGCUCCUCUUUGGUGUCGGCAUAUCGGCUCUCGUCACCUCGUCCAUCCGGCUGGUUGUGUACAACACCCACACCGCCGACUAUAUCGGCCCGUCAUUGACCAAUGUCAUGAUCAUGUGGUUGGUUAUCGAGCCGUCGGUAUACCUGAUCGCGGCCUGUUUGCCUGCUAUGCAUCAUAUCCUCGCAGCCGUAGUGCCACAAAGAGUAGCAGACUGGCUGUCGCAGCGCAUGGGCCGGCUGUCGUCUUUCUCCACCGACGUGCUCACCCGGUCCAAGACGCGCAACAUGUCGCUGACCAGCGACGAUGCCGACUAUGGCUGGGAGCUCACCAACAGCGCCUUUGCGGCCAGGACUGGAGUGCGGGCCUCACCGACCCAGGAGGACAAUACGGAUUGGGGCGAGCUGAACAGGGCCAUCGUUGUGACGAAGGAAGUCCAUGUCGAGUACUCGCAGGAAGAGAGGAUAGAAAGAAUCAUCGGGUUCUGA